CACACAUCUCGAUCAUCACCACACAUCAUUUACUAAUCUAGUAGAUCAAACAUCUCAAACAAAGUAAAAGAUGAAACAAUUUAUCGUCUUCGCAUGCCUUGUGGCUCUGGUUGCUUGCGAACCACCAAGCCAAUACGGCCCACCCCAUAGAAACAACUACAACAACAACCAAGGAUACCAGAAUAACAAUAACCAACAGUACAACUCCAACAACAAUGCGCGUAUCCUCCGCUACGACAGCGAAAACAACGGUGAACAAGGAUACAAAUACGCCUAUGAGACCGAUGAUGGUACAUCUGCCCAGGAACAAGGAUACCUGAAGGAUGCUGAUACCGCCGCUGCCCAAGGCAGUUACCAAUUCGUCGCCCCCGAUGGCCAACAGUUCUCUAUCACGUACACUGCUGAUGAGAACGGUUACCAGCCACAGGGUGCCCACAUCCCAACUCCACCACCAAUCCCAGCUGAUAUCCUCAAGGGCCUGGAACAGAACCGUGAAGAAGAAGCGCGUGGUAUCUUCGACGAUGGCCAAUACCGCCCUGAUGCUGCCCCACAUCAACAGUACAACCAACGCAACAACAAUAACAACAACAACGCCUACAAGUACUAGUCUGUAGUUACAUUUAUACAUCUACACUUAAGAAUUGAAAUAAAUAUGAGAUAAAAUUA